GAUGCAUACACGUAUGUAUGCACUGGCGACUACAAAGUGGUGAAAAUGAAACACAAAAAAUAUAAGAACAAAUCUAAACACGAAAGAAAGAAAUCAAAGAGAAAAGAUAAACAAAGAGAUAAAGAAGAAAAACAUAAUGAAUCUGAUUCAAGUAGUAGCACUAGUGAAGGGGAACAAGAAUGGGUGGAAAAACCAAUAUCUCAAACCAUAGUCACAAAAAAAAGUGUACAUAUGAAGUCGAAGGAAGAAGAAUCUCUUAAAAGAGAGGAUUGGAUGAACAUAAAAAGCGUAUUUCCUUGUGUAUUUAAUGAAAAGAAGACAGAAUCUUUUAAUUCUAAUAAAAAUGCUAGCAAAUCUGAUUUGGAUAAAUUGGGUCAAAGUGAUAGAGAAUUAAAUCCAUAUUGGAAAAAUGGUGGUAGUGGUCUUCCAGAAGAAAAUUCAACAAAAAUAGAACAAGUAAUGGAUGUGAAUUGGCUAAAAAGAAGUCUUCAACGUGCAAAAGAACAAGCAAAAAGUGAGAAUAGAAGUUUAGAAGAAAUUGCAGCUGUGAGAUGGGGUUCUUUAGAAGUGAUACAGUCAAUGAUAUCCAAAGCUGAAGGUACAUCAAUAAAAGAUAAAUGGAAGCAUAAUUCAAACACUACUAAAGAAUCAAAGUUUGAAAAUCAAUAUAAAAGCACUAAAAAUUCAAACAGAAAUGAUCAAUAUAAAAGACAUGACAAUUUACAUUAUGAACAUCAAAGAAAACAGGAAUACAAAAAACCCACAGAUGAUAAUUGUUUUAAUAAUACUUCGUAUAAAUCAAAUCAUACCAAUAAAAAAAAUUGGCAAAAGAGCAAAAUGUCAGAUAAAACUGAAGAGAAUCAAUUAAAUUCAAAUAUGGUGGUAUUAAAAAGCAUUUCUAAUGAUAAUACAAAUGACACAGAAGUUAAGGAAAUUAAAUCCCUAACAGAAGCAGAAAUGAAUAAAUUAGGAGCAAAGAUUGUUAAAGCUGAAUUAAUGGGUAAUACUGAAGUAGCUGAAAAACUGAAGAUUCAAUUAAAAGAAGCUAGGGAAGCUGCAAAAAGUGUUCAGGUACACAAUACAGAAAAGGUUCAGAAUAUAAUACUUACUCAAACUGAUGCAAAAGGUGUCACGAGACUAUUGGAGCUCAGAAAUCAACCUACAGAAUUUUCUCAAAAUAUCAAGAGAAAGAAUGCAGAAACGCACACUUCUGGAAAGAAGGUGCGCUAUUUCUUUGAUGAUGAUAAAUAUUCAUUACAACAAUUGUUCCAGAAGGAAAAGGGAAGGACAACAAAUGAAGAUGAUGCAGCAUUUAUUAAGGUUGCUUCUAAGAAUAUGGAUAUGGAUGAGAUGUUUGAAGAACAUAUUACACGUGUUAAAUUAGACGCAAAACAAGAUGAGAAAGAUCGUUCAUUUGCUAUUAAAGAACACAAACGUUUAUCGAAAUGUUUGGAUACUUGCCGUUGGUGUAUUGAUUCCAAAUACAUGUUAAAACAUAUGAUCAUUGAAAUGAAUUCCGAAAUUUGUUUAUGCCUUCCUCAAUAUAGUUCUUUGACUGUUGGACAUUGUAUAAUAACACCUGUACAGCAUGUUGCUUGUCAGUUACAAUUAGAUGAAAAUGUUUGGGAAAACUUAAAGAUGUUUAAACGAACUUUAUAUAAAAUGUUCAUGGAUCAAAACCAAUAUCCUGUGUUUUAUGAAACUUAUAAGAGCCGUUACAAAUUUACACACAUGAAGUUAGAUUGUAUUCCAUUACCAAAAGAGGUUGGUGAAUUAGCACCAAUGUAUUUCAAGAAAGCCUUAUUAGAAUGUGAAACAGAGUGGUCAAUGAAUAAAAAAGUCAUCGACCUUGAACACAAAGAUGUCCGUCAUGCCAUUCCAAAUGGUUUGUCGUAUUUUAUGGUAGAAUUCGAAACAAAUAAAGGAUAUGCUCACGUUAUUGAAGAUGAGCAUUUGUUUCCAAAAAAUUUUGCAGAGGAGAUCAUAGGUGGAAUGUUAGAUUUGGAUCAUGAUGUUUGGAGAAAGCCAAAAAGAGAAAAUCUUGAUCAACAACGUGAAAAAACAUUAAAAUUUUUAGAAGUAUGGAAGAAAUAUGAGUUUAAAGUAAAAAAAUCAUGA